AUGGCGAAACUCUUCGGCUGCCCAAUCAACGUGAAAGAAGAAGACGACGGUGGUAGCUCAAUCGCCGCAGAGUUUUACCGAUCUGGUAACCAGCCGGACUACGAAGCUAUAAGGGAAACCAAUCCGUACUUCCGUUUGCUGGAGUCGAUUUCAGAUCCCGGAUCGGUUUCGAUGGAAUCCGAACCCGAUCUGCAUCACUCCUUCAUCGAUUUCUUCGGUCGAGAGUCGUACGUAGCCUCGAAUCAGAGGCUAAGCACUUCGCGUGCUUUCGAUAUCUGGGGGAUUCAAGACAUGGAGGUGGAGGAGGAGGAGGUAGAAUUAGGGCUCCGAAUCGGGUCCGGAUCCGGGUCCGGAUCCGGGUCCGGAUCCGGGUCGGAUGGUUCAGGUGAGUUAGGGCUUCAAGUUGCCAGGAGUUUCGAAAUCGAUACGCGUAUGAUCGAAAUCGAUUCGGGUCGGGUCGAAAUCGGGUCGGGUCGGGUCGAAAUUGAUACGGGUCUGGUCGAGAUUAGUUCGGGUCGGGUCGAAAUUAAUACGGGUCGGGUCGGAAAUAAUACGGGUCGGGUCGAAAUUGGUACGGGUCUGGUCGAAAUUGGUACGGGUCUGGUAGAAAUUGGUACGGGUCUGGUAGAAAUUGGUACGGGUCUGGUAGAAAUUGGUACGGGUAUUACUUUUGUUGGGGACGAUCUCUUGGUUGAUCACGUGGAACCGCAGAACGAGAUCACGUGGGGUGUUCCGGAACCUGUCGAACCCCAAGAAGAAGUAGGAGGAGUAAGCUUAUCUCAAGAGCCCAUGGAGGAAUAUAAUCAAGAAUGGCAUGGUGGUUUAUUUGAUGGGUUCUUUGAAGAAUCUGUAGAUUUAGUGAUGGAGGAUUUUUUCGACACCCUUUUUCCGGAUAUAGAUGUAUACGCUGCGAACAACAGAGACUACGAGGAUGUUAUAGCACGAACGUUCCAUGAGUCUGGAACCAAAGGAAGUCCACCAGCUUCCAAGAGGAUGGUGGAUGAGCUUCCUGAUGUGGGAAUCACCUCUGAAGAGUUGAGCAUUGGCUGCGCGAUCUGCAAAGAUGAGAUUGUGGUGGAGGAGAAAGUUAAGAGGCUUCCUUGUAGGCAUUACUAUCAUAAAGAGUGCAUUGUGCCUUGGUUAGGGAUAAGGAAUACAUGUCCGGUUUGUCGGUAUGAGCUGCCUACUGAUGAUCUUGAGUACGAAAGGAAUAAGAGAUCACGAAGGGGUUUGGGGAGAGACUUGAUGUCAGAGUAG